AUGUUAUCAUAUUAUAGUACAGGACAGUUUCCUAAAUCUUUAGAUCCACCAUCUCGUUUCAAGUAAAGAUAAGCAAGCAAAGUAUUUCAUCUAUCAUUUAAUCAAGGGAGAUGGCGAAUCUAUGUAUAAAAGAAACUUUGAAGAUCCUUAGAAACAUGAUUUCAAACAAAGUGCUCAUGCUUUGAAUUAAGAGUUCCAUCAUAAACAAUAUCAUAAAAUUAAUGCUGAUUAUAAGUAUUUCUCUUAAUCUAAAUAAAAAAAGGGAUCGUUUCUUUGAUACUAUGCACAAUACUACAAAGCUAUAAAAAUAAGAAGAUAAGUUAUUUUAUUAAAGUGCAGCAAGACAAUAGAAUCUAGAAUAACCAAAUCAUUUACAUAAUUGGAAAAUUGUAAAAGAGAGAUAAUAUGCAGAGUAUGUAACUGCAAAUAUUUAAUAGACGAGUAUAAUAACAAUCAAAAUGUGACCAAGGGAAACUUGUAAGCAAAAAUGAAUAUUAAGUUACUUAAUAAUAAAAUACUGAAUCUAAAACAAAUACAUUAGCUAGAUCAAAUAUGUUUGAAAUAUCAAAACCUUUAUUAAGAAUUAAUAAUGAUCUCAAAAGUUAAUAAUUGAUUAAAAAUGUUUAAAUUGUAUCAGAUGAUAUUCCUGAUUGGUGUUCUUCUACAAAUAAAUAUUAUACACCUGAACAUAUUGAAUAAAUUAAGAAACAAAGACAAUAAUAAUUAGCUAAAGCUGAUAUUUUGGGUAAUUUUAUUAAAGAACCAAAAAAAGAUCCUGAAAAUAAAGUUUAUUAAGACAAUCCAUUUGUUGGUUAAAGAUAUGUAAUUGUUUAAAUAAAUUAAAGGAACCAAAACGUAUGUGUGUAUUUUAUGAAAAACCAGAUCAUGUUAGAGGACAAUAAAGUGCCACAUAAGAUUUAAGUAAAUCUAAAGUGAAUUUAACAUGGAAAGAGAAUGUUUAAUCAUAAAGAUUUGAACCAAAAUUACCAGAGAAUAUUGGAAAAACUGAUUAACCUGUGAUUAAAUCACUUAAUUAAAAAAGAGAUCCUAAUUUUCCAAAAGUAGAAAAAAUUGGAUAAUCAGAUGUGUAUAUAUAUAUUUAUUUAUUUUUUAAUAGUUAUAAAAAAAUAGAAAAGGAUAAACCUAUUUAAUUAAAAAUUGGACAUGGUUCUCCUUCUACGUUGAAUCCAGUCAAAUAUUGA